UAGAAGCAGAAGUGACAAAUUAUGAUAGAAAACGUACUGAGUGGAAAUGAAAAGUCGUAAGAAAAUUUGUGAAAAUUCAAAUCCUGCGAAUUUUAAUGCAAAAAAAAAUUGUUGAAUAAAUUCUUGAGACGCGAAAAAAAUAUGAUAAAUGCAAGUUGUUUGAAAAAAGAGCAAAUCAAUAAAAAAUCGCAUAUAACCAAAAAGUCGAGCGGCAGUAAAAUUUUCGUCGGCCGAAAUUGCGACAAUGAAGAAGCUGUGCGUCGUAGCACAAACCACCGUAAGAAAAUUUAAAGAUUUAUUCCAAUGAAUCAGCAACACCUGAGCGAAAAAAUAUAAAGAAGUCAUAUCAAAUAUAAAUGAAAUAAUCAAUUGAAAACUGAAAAAAUAUAUUUUUCCAGUCAAAGACCGAAAAGUGUAAAACAAAAGACGUGCGGUUUAAAAAAAGUGAAACGUCAGAGCGUAUGUGAAGUGAAAAAAAUGGUCUAAGCUUGACAAAUAGCAUGACACUCACGCUUUUUUUUUGCAGGAUAGGAUAUUAAUUGCAAAAAAUUUACAACAACAUUUAUAGUAUACCUAGCCGGAGUGAUAAUUUAUUAAUUUAUGUAAAUGUUAAAAUGCUUCAUUAAAGGAAAUUCACGAAAUAGGUUAACAGCCGCUCUGUGAUAUAAAAAAUUAUCAAAGGAUCGCCAGCAGAAGUGCACAAACGACACAAAUAUAAGACAGCUGUUCUUAAAUUUAAUCCGAAAGCCAUAAUGAAUUUCACUUCUAGCGGGUGAUUUAAUAGUAAAAACUUUGCGUAUUAUAUUGGCAAGAGGAUUAAAUAUUUUCUACGAAGUAUUACCACAUCAAAACCACGCACCAAGUUUUCGAUUGAUGCGAACGACUGAGUUUCGUGAAAUUUUAUAUAUAUUCUUCAUCACGUCAAGAACUUAGUGUCCAAGUCCAGAAGUAAUUCUGCAGCUGCAGCUGCUAAAGCAGCACAGUGCGUUAGACGGGACUUACUACGCUAAACAUUGUUUGCACAGAGAUAAUGUUUAGACCAAUCAAGAAUUUCAUUAAUUAUAUUCAGAAGAAUGCAAGUGGCAGUGCGAUAUUUGGCAGCAAUACGACAAUAGCCGACAACGAAACCGAACCAGGUGCCGAAGAGAUUGUCACCGAACCAACAAAAAGUAUUCGUGUCGAAAGUGAAGCGACACUAGAGCAAAGUGCGAGGGACGGUCGUGUAGUGGAGACAACAGUGGUUUCAAAACUUUUGAAUGAACAAAUAGAGAACAAAAACAUGAAGCGCAUAGAAGUGAAUAAAUUAAGUGUUAUUAAUUGUAAAAACACAACUGUAGAAGUGAUUAACGGUAAUGAGCCGAAGGGCAUCUCAGUUUAUGAUGGUGACGAUUGUGAUGCCGACGAUGACAUCGAAUUGCAGAUAAAGAGCAGCGUUAUGCUGCGACCGCCGUUAAAACGUGCUGCUAGUUUGGUGGAAAACCUAGCAGACGAAGUAGAUGGUGAGUUGGAGGACGUGCCAUCGCAAGGUUUCCUACAUGAAUACCAUGAUGGCAUUGGUAUUGAUUCCCAAGAUGAAUUUGAGGAGUAUCAGCAAGAAGGUGUAGAGGCAGUUUCACUGCCCAGCGAUGAUGGAGUAGCCGUUGGGGGAGAGGAUACAGCUGACGAGGAAUUUAACACUGAAGAAGAGGACGCUGGCGACAUAUUUUUAGAAUUACCAAGUGAUCAAGAGCAACGUUUAGAAGACAGCGAAAUAAUCGUGCUAAACGAUGGGGAUAUAAACUCUUCAACUGUAUCCGAUGUGCCCUCGGAGGAUCCAUUAGCCAUCGAUGAUUUCACACAACCAUCGAAUACGGAAAUUAAGGAUAUGUCGAAUCCUUUGGAUUCCUCCACUAAUGAUGAGGCUUCCACCAGCGCCGAUUUACUAUGGAUUACUAUAGACGACCUAAAGACAAAUACUAUAACGCCAAAUGCAGAAAAAGACUUACCAAGUGAGGCACGCAUAAUUACGCCUACAAGCCCAUCACAGCACCUGCUACCCACUACGACGGCGGGCAAAGAGAAACUCAUUAGCGCACUCGCUGCCAAUACUAGUGCGGCAAAGCUAAGUAACCAACAUGAUGAAAAUGCCGAAGAGUUACGUAGCGACGGCUCCGACUCGGGGCUGGGCAGUGAAACAUCGGCGCUGCAGACAACGCUAAACGGUCUAGCCGACACCAGCCAAUCGGCGGCGCCCAACGACAGCGAUGCCAUCAAUACGCCCACAGUUAACAGAUCCAAAGUAAUAACGAAUAUUGCUUGCAACAGCAGCGGCGACAGUGGCAGUGGUGGUGCCAAUGUAACAUUCGUCGACAGUGCGAGAACCAACACCAGCGCUAUUGUGCCUGUUGCUGUUAGCGCCGCCUUGCCAUCACUAGCUACGUUAACGAAACCGCUGCGUUCGAAUUUGAAACGACGACUCGAUGAGGAUGAUGCACUCAUCGAUGCAGCACACGAAACACAGCUGGCUACCACCGGCGUCGGUACACAAGUUAAAAAGCUGAAGCGCUCGAUUAACUUCGAAAAUGUACAAGUUUACUACUUUCCACGGCAACAGGGUUUCGGUUGUGUGCCCUCGGCGGGCGGUUGUACGCUGGGCAUGGGCGCACGACAUAUCGGCUUCAAAACGCUUACACUAGCCGAACAUGCCGCCGAAUUGCGGCGUGCGCAUCGCUUGCAGCUGCAAGAGAUCAAUCCACGCGGUUCGUCGAGCGAUGACAGCGAAGAGUCCGAAGAGGAUUACUUAAGUGAGGGUAGCGGCUCGGAUUUGGAUGCCGAAUCGAAUGGCUUUCUGCAACCGGUAUCGCCGAAGCAGCGACGCGCUUUACUCAAAGCGGCUGGUGUGCGCAAAAUCGAUGCGGCCGAGAAAAUCGAAUGCCGCGACAUACGCAACUCACGUGAGGUGUGCGGCUGCGCGUGUGUGGAAUUCUGUGAUCCAGAGACUUGUGCUUGCAGUCAAGCGGGCAUCAAAUGUCAGGUUGAUCGCGCCAUGUUUCCCUGCGGUUGCACUCGUGACGCCUGCCUCAACACAGUGGGCCGUGUUGAAUUCAAUCCGACGCGCGUACGCACACACUUCAUACACACAAUCAUGCGUUUGGAAAUGGAGAAUCGCCAACAACAGAAUCCACCACUCUGCAGCACGAUGAGCAGCUACAGCUUGUCAACUGCCUGCGCUACCACCGCCACCGUUGUCGGUGCACACACCAGCGCUCUACCGCCGACGCCUUCGUACGCCAAUACGCUACCGGGCAGCUAUUAUGCCAUGCAAACACAAUCAAAUUAUAGUUCGGGUUACGCAUCGCCCGCAUAUCCAAGUGAACCGGCUGCAAAUUACUAUCAGCAACAAAGCACGGCCACAGCCACCCAUUACAGUGCAGUUAGUUCUAGCGAUUUGCAAACGACUGCAGAACAACAACAACAACAAAGCUUUCAAUUGGACACCUUGGAUGCGGGUCUGUUCGCGGGCAGCGCGUCGGCCACCACAGCGUACGGCGAAAUGUUGCCAGCUUACGGCAGCGCGGUUGGUGUGUCGGCCAGCACCGCCACAGUGAGUGCUUAUCAUCAGAAUGUGAACUAUUCAACACAGGUCUCCACCUACACUGCCUAUCAGCAAACUACAAGCGCUGGCCCCUACCUACCGCAGCACAACCAGCAAAGCGCCACAGUGGCAGCUGCCGCGCCAGCACAAUCAACGCUAGCGCCACCACCAACGACCUACAGCUCAUGCGCCGUACCAUCGCUGCCACCUUACGGCACCGCCACCACAACCGCAGCAGCAGCACAGUAUCAAGACACGAGCAGCUACGCGCUUGUCGAUACCACAGCGCCCAGCUGCAUUAGCAUGGAGGACAGCGGCGGCAGCGAAGUGGGUAGCGACGCAGAAGGCAUAACCAGCGCCAAACACAUUAGCAACGCCACCAAUGGCAGCACUAGUAUCAUCAGCAGCAAUAGCAUAAUCACCAUUGCUGCUACCAAUAACAACAAUAAUACUUCCUGCAACAAAAGCGCUAACAAUACGCACAUCCCCACGGAUGAUUGCAAAAGUGCUAGCAAAAGCGACAUUAGCGCAGAUAGCGACAACAAUUUCAUACAACUCAGCACACCGAUUUCCAGUGCAACACGUCUAUCACAAAUCAAUGAUCUACUACAACACAAUCGCCAUACAACCGCCACACUUGUGUCCGUCUCACAUACAACGUGUUUGAGCGCAAAUGAUGGCGCCAACAACGUCGUCAGCAGCCGCACCGUCACUACCGAUUGUGAUUACAGCGACAGCAAUAGUCAAGAUGCGAUAAAAAGCGACACAUUAGACGAAGUGAAGGCAGCAAAGGUGGAAGUCGUCGAAAUACUAAACACAACAACACAAUCCACAAACUCAAUCGAGUCGACGAAAAGUUGCACAACAAAUGCAGAACCCAAACCAAGUGUGGAAUCUGUUAAAGCGGCAGCAUUGGAAACAGCACAAACCGUUGCAAACACAAGGCAUAAUGCCACAGAAGACACAGGCAAACUGAUGGCUGUUGAUGUCGAUAGCAUUGCUGCAACAAGCAAGAACACGGACGAGGUUACUAAAACGCUUAGUCAUGCGGAAGCUUUGAAUGACAUUGGCAGCGCUGAUAGCGCCGUUAAACAAACAGAGGACAGCAAUGCUGUAGUUAUAACUGCAGUCGGCGCUGCUGUGACGGUUGCAGAAGCACUCAAUGUGGUCAGCAAUUAAGAAGCGCAAAGCGGUGUCAACUUUUCGUCUAUGGAACAAACACAAAGCCACUCAACAAUCAGAUGCUUUGCAAGCACUCACAAUCACAUAUACAUAUGCAUACAGCCGCGCUAGCGCCACGCCUACUGCGUCACUCUUAGCAAUUUUUAAGACAAGACUUGAUUUCUAUUAGCCUCUAGAAGUGGUAAGCGUAAAACGGUAUAAGUAAAAGUACAGCAAUGGCGUAUGAAACGAAAGCAAACAAAAAUUUAUAUAAAAUAAACAAAAAAAAAGUUUAAGCGGAAUUUCGUAAGUGAAUUAGCUCGCAAUCAAACGUUAAAAUUGAAAUCACUUAUAUAUAUAUGAAAAAGAAUUACAAAAAAAAAAAAAGUAAAAGCAAGUAACAAUUAUACCUAUAAGCUAAGCUGUCUAGCAGCCGAAAUGAAUGAAUGAAUUUUUUGUAGCCAAGCAGCAAUCUGCUUCGAUAAGUAAUGUUAAGUUUUUCUUCUUUGUUGCACACUACUCACGAGAUAACUUAUGUAUAGAAUUUGUAUAAUAAAAAACAAGACACACACACACACACAUACACUACCACACACGCAAUUAGUAAUUUUCAACACUGUAUGAACAAUUUAAUAUAUACUGUUAGCAUAUACAUACAUACUUAUAUAAUAUAUACUAUAUUUAGUGUUAAUUAAUUAUAUAUAUAUUUAUAUAUAUAUAAAAAGUUCAUAUUCCUUUUUAAAUUAUGGCUAAUAAAAGAAAAUACUACUAACUAUAAUAUUAUAUGUAUGUAUGUUAAAGCAAAGUGUGUGUGGUUAUGUAAACUUCUUCAAAUUUUUUAAAAUUUUCUUUUAAGGUUUUUUAAUGCCCAUUUAAUAUUUAUAUAUUUUUAAUUUUAUGUGUGUUGGCAGUGAAUUCCACAUUUAGCAUAUUUAGCUAGAGAAACAGCGAGCAAAUAUAGCUGUGGAAGUCAUUUGAAGCUUAGACAUUAUUUGGCAGGUGAAUUUUUUAAAUAUUUUUCAAACAAACUUAAUUGUUAUUGUUGUGUUAAAAGUUUGUAACGGGAUUCGCACAGUUUUAAGUUGAUAAAACAACGCUGUGGUGAAUAAAGAUAAUAUAUGUAUUUUGACUUUUUUCUUGUCCGAAGGAAUAAUUGAAUAACAGCAACCUAACUUAAAAUUUUCAACGUCACCUUUUUUUUAACUCACCAUAAGGCAACUUUAUUUAAAAUCUGCGUUCGUUAAAGCACAUAACGGAUAUAUUUGUAUUACUGCUUUUGAAAAUUCAGUGACGCAUUUAGAAGCAAUUAAAAAUUCCUAAUUUGUUUAUUAUUUUUUCCCUUCACAAAAAAUUGUUUUUUUAAAUAUAUCAAGCAACAAUGAUUUUUGCAAUUAAUUUUCAUUCCCAAAAAAAAAAAUUUUUUUUCAGACACUGUUAUCCACAGUGUCACAACCUCCAUAUUAUUAUUUGGUUUUCUCUUUUGAAAUUUGAAAAGCCAGUUUUUGUUUCAAAUAAAUAUAUUGAAAAUCAACUAAAAAUGAAAUUUGCGCUGAAUAUCUGAGCAACUUCAACACAAACCUACACAAAAGUCUCUGUAUUCUGCUUCCCAGUGUAUUUGUAACUUUUUAAAUCUACCUCCAAACUUUUAAAAUUAUUUAUUUUAUUCUUUAAAUUUUAUUUCAUUUUCCUUUUAAAUUACACUAAUUACAUUAUUAUUUUAAAUUUUCGCUGUUUCUCUGCCUCAACACACAACUUUAUUUUAUGGUAUGUAUAUAUAUUCUAAGUACUAUUGCUUCCAAUUAAUUAGCUUACGGGUAAAUAUAAAUUUUUGUUUCAGAUUACUAGAGUAAGCCGGUCUAAAUGAGUUACUUGAUAAUUAAAUAUUACUAUUAUUAUUAUUUUAAAAUGAUUGAUUGCUGAUUGCGGUUUUCGGCGAAAUAAAACAAUUUUUGAAAUUAAUAAAAUAAGACUUCUCUUAAAAUUA